CUAGAUUCUAGAAUGUGGAUGACCAUGAAACAUGGGGUACGAUUUCCUGAUCUUGUCGGAGUGUGUCAAAAAUUUGUCAAUACCGCUCAGUUGUGUAAAGCCUCUGGUGGAAUACCAAAAAAAAUCAGUUUUGACAGUUCUUAAUAUGGAUUUUGAAACUGUUCGUUCGACUCUACAAAGAUACUUUGAAUCCAUUGGUAUGGAAAUACAUCCGUUCAAAAUAGAUUGGUACAACAAUAUGGUUGGAAAUCCAUUCAAACUAAAAUUUGAUCCCAAUGCUAUUGGAUUUGUGGUGAUCAGUGCUCCAUCAAUGUUUGAAAAGGCAUUUGUACCUUACAUCAAGAAUGAACAUGAUACCACAAAUUCACAAGUAAAGAAAAGGAAUAAUCAAGAUGCUUAUUCACAGAGAGAUCCUCUCGAUUCAUGUUUAAUUCAUCAUUUUAAUGAAGCAAAACGACAAAUUCCUGAAGCUGACGUUGAAAUAAUACAUGAUUUUGAGAUUCUACCAAAUAAAAGACCUAAAAUAUUAGUGCAAACAGCAGCGCACGUUGCAGGGGCAGCUUAUUAUUAUCAAAAAGCAGAUGCAGAAAACAAGCAUGAAAAGACAUGCCUUUGUGCAGUCCAACCUCGCAGCAAUGGUAUUAAUGACGAAAAUCCUGGAGACCUAAACCUAACAGAUUGCACCUGUGAAAGCCCAUGGAAUAAAUCGAAACGAAUUUAUGGUGUUUGUGUACACCCGAAAUAUGGAGGUUGGUUCGCAAUUCGAGGUGUCAUGAUUUUUCCACAUAUUAAAAGUGAAAUUCCUAAGUGUCCACCAGUGGACUGCGUUAAUACAAGAGAGCUACAAAUUCAAUUGUUAAAUCGAUUUAAUGGGAACUGGCAAGAUUGGACUUACAGAGAUGUUAUUCCAGUAAUUGAUAAAUACUCUGAAUUACAGAAGAAAUAUUUUGCGACUUUACCGAAACAUAGACAUGAAUUAUUAAAGAAAAUAUCUGAACUGCAAACUUCAUAAUAUUAAUUUUCAUAUUUUGUCUACCAGUAAUUUAUUUUCUGCGACAUUUCUCAACAAAUAGUUACUGUUUACACAUAUUUUCAUCUUAAUUUAUUGAAUAAUUUUUUAGCUUAUGUUAGUAUAUUCUGUUUUGAUAUCGAACAAUAACACUGAUUGACGCAAAACAAUGAUGAAUUUAUAUACUGGAACCAACUGUAUAAGACAGCAACUUAUGGCCAGUCACAACCAAAAUAUUAAGUUCGUAUAUUGCUUCAAACAGGUUUAGUAUCAAUGUCAUUUAC